AUGCCGUUGAUAACUCGAUCGUCUUGCGGUGGUUCUGUUCAAGCCCUUGACAAUGGUGGUUCGCCCUCGUCCUCGUGCAAGGCAACGGUCGGUUCAUCAUCCAGUCUCAUCAACAGCAAACAGGUCUCUCAAUAUUGGCCGUUCGUUGACUGUCCACAUCCUCCAUCAAACUCCAAGCGACAGCCUCGUCCACCCGCCAUCUUCCUCCAGUGCUCCUCAUUCCUCCAGAGGACCGAGCCGUUGCCAAAAAGCUUCCUUUCUCCAACUUCCCACCGUUGCCAGCACGCACGCGUCUUCCACCACGGCGCCGCCUCCUCCAAGUGGCAACCCAAGACCUCUUCAUCUGCCUCUUCCUUCUUUCAUGAGCAUCAGUCUCCUACGCAUGCUCGUCCUACACUUCCCGAAACUCAAAUCCUCCUGGGAACGCCAAGCAAGCUCCUCCUUACUCCAUGA